AUAAAAAUAUUGACUUUUGAGUAUCACUUCUAAGUUCACACACCAUAUUUGAUUCUUGAAUAGACUAAAAUUUUCGUGCUAUAAAAAUGGCUGCUUUGACACGUGUAUCUCCUUACCAAUGCCAUAAAUUAAGUUUAGUAAAUCAUAGACUUCCAGAAUUGUCUUCACUUCUAACAACAACAACCUCAUCAUUUGUUUCAUUUCCAAAGAAAAACAAGAAAUUUAGCAGAUUUUCAGUUUUGGCCAUGGCUGAUUUAAACACAAGCACUGUUCUUGUUACUGGUGCUGGCGGUAGAACUGGAUCAAUUGUCUACAAGAAGUUGAAGGAGAGGUCAGAGAAAUAUACAGCUAGAGGAUUGGUUAGAACUGAGGAAAGCAAACAAAAAAUCGGUGGUGCGGAUGAUGUUUAUAUUGGUGAUAUCAGGAAUACUGAGAGUCUUGUUCCUGCUAUCCAAGGUAUCGAUGCUCUUGUUAUUCUUACAAGUGCUGUCCCAAAAAUGAAACCCGGGUUUGAUCCAACAAAAGGUGGAAGACCUGAAUUCUAUUUUGAGGAUGGGGCAAAUCCUGAACAGGUAGAUUGGAUUGGCCAAAAGAACCAAAUAGAUGCUGCUAAAGCUGCUGGUGUGAAGCAGAUCGUGCUAGUUGGGUCAAUGGGAGGGACAAAUCCUAACCACCCCUUGAACAGUUUGGGGAAUGGGAAUAUAUUGGUUUGGAAGAGAAAGGCUGAACAAUAUUUGGCUGACUCUGGAAUUCCAUAUACGAUUAUAAGGGCUGGAGGGUUACAAGAUAAAGAAGGUGGUAUAAGGGAACUACUUGUUGGAAAGGACGAUGAACUUCUCGAGACAGAAACGAAAACUGUUGCUAGGGCUGAUGUUGCCGAAGUCUGCAUUCAGGCACUGCAGUAUGAGGAAGCAAAAUCUAAGGCAUUUGAUCUAGCCUCAAAACCUGAGGGAACUGGCACUCCAACUAAGGAUUUCAAGGCUCUAUUUGCACAAAUCACUACUCGUUUCUGAUGCACUGCUCAUUAGGACUAUGUCCAAAAUUUUCAUCAGUCUAUUCUGCCAACAUUUGUUCAAAAUGGAGGCUAAAAACUUGAAGUAGAUCAUUGAAAAGAUCGACCCCAUGGCACCCUUGGAGAUGACUUGCCGAUAGGUUCUUGUGGAACAUCAUAUUUUUAUCAUUUCAAGGAUACAUAAUUUGAAGUUUAUGGGCUUUGACGCUUGAAAGGCAAUGGACAGAAUAAGAAUUUUUGAAGUAGUGCAAGAGGCAAUAAUUAUGUUAUUAUUACUUUGCUUGCAUUGCAUGCUUCAUCAAAUAAUGUUCCAACUUUAUGAUUUUCA